AUGACUUCUGAUCUGACAUUGCCUUCACCAAACCCCGGGCCAAUGGAACAUGGUGUCUACGAACUUGCUGCAGGACUUGAAGCGUCAGCUGAAAUCAACCCCUCUUUAUCUUACUUUCAGCCAGUCGGCCCCAAAGAUAUCGUCAUAGUCUGCCCCAGUUUUCCUUAUUCCUUAUCUUCUACUAUUCUUCCUACUAUUAAAACUGUUGAUUAUUCAACACAAAUCAUCCAUCCAGACACCCCGGAUACUCUCAGGCAUAUAGUUGAUCCCAAUAACCUAUCCAAUUAUAUUUCCAAUAAUGGCAGUAUCAAUUCUAGUCUCUUAACUGCUUUUGGAAAUUCGACUACGUCUUCAUCCGUUCUGGUUCAUAAAAGAUCCCCAUCAACCCUCCUCUCCUCUCUGCCUCAAACUGUCCUCGACAACCAGCCCGCCUAUCUCGCAUUUAGCCAAGCUGCUAAAGUGCGCAAUUCUAUCUUUUCUUCACAUGAUCCUAUGGCUGUCGGUCUAGUGCAGGAUAUCUGUCCUGAACGUGCCUCGGUAUUUAUUCAAUGGCCAAUGCGAAGAGGGCAGCCUGUCUAUGUAACGGAAGUACCGAUGGCCAUUUGCUCAAGUGUCGCCAGUGAGGUAUGCUCCUUUCUGAUCACUUAUACUAUAAAAGACUUAGAUCCACUUAUCAUCUUUUAUCUGAUCUGGUAG